UCCACUGUAGCUCCGCCCUGUCCGGCCUUGCGCUGUUGCAGGCAUGUCUACGCGGUCCAAGGUGGUGCUGGGCAUCUCUGUCCUCGUGUCCGUUGCCACCGUCGUUGGGGUACACGUGAAUCAGAGGCUGGACAGAGAGAGACUGCGUGAAGGUGUAUAUCGGGACAUAGAGAGGCAGAAUCGCAAACAAGAAAACCUCCGCCUUUUGCAGGACCAGAUUGAGCUGACUAAAUUGCUUGAGGCCGAACGUGAGAAAAAUCUUUUGAAUGAAGCAUCUAACAAGUCCUAAGCUGGCCCUUACAAAGUUUGCAAAGCAGGCUUCUGAGGUUUUAGGUUAUUUUACAUUGGUCUGAAAAUUGGGAUUAUUAUACAAAAACUGAGUGCGAUUGUUUCCUGUGCUAUGGCGGAAGGGUGUGUUUGACGCCAAGAGUUCCACCUUUCUUGUAGAGGAAAGUGCUGAUUAUCUAGGCGAUAAACCACUAGGCACAUUACUUUUUGACUAUUGUGUGUAGAAGAUGGACAUCUCUACACAUAUGGCACA